AUGGACCAAGACUCCUUCCGUCAGUUACUACAAAAGCCAUCCGCUGCUUCUCCUCCCAGCAAUACCGCUGCGCACGUCCGAGGUUCUCUGCUUGCGACCGCCACCGCGGGCAAGAAGAAGGCAAAGACCGUUGAUGCUUCCCAGCCAGCAUUCAAACCACGAACGCUGAAGAAGGGUGCGAAGGGGGAGGCGUAUCGCGACCGUGCUACUGAGCGGAGACUGGGGACCAACAAUGAUUACGCACAGGUUGAGGCCUUGGCGGAGGAUUUCGAGCGUCGGGCUGCGGAGAACGCAGAUCGACUAGCUGUGGAGGAGCAGCGCAAGUACCUAGGUGGAGACAGCCAACAUACUGUGCUAGUCAAAGGCCUCGACUUCGCGCUACUCGAGCAGAAUCGCGCGCGGGCCGCCGCCGAAGCUGCAGUGACCGAGGACGUCUUCCUUGAGCAGGCUUUCGAAGAGUCGUCUGCGCAGCCCAAGAAACGCACGCGCGAGGAGAUCCUUCGUGACCUCAAGAGCAAGCGAGGUACGACCAGUGCGUCUGCGGCGCAACCCUCGGUCGCAGACAAAGCUCUCGAGGAAGCGAAGAAGGCGGGCAAGUUCAAGCCCAUAGGAUUCAAACCAGUCGGGAGUAUCAGCACGGGCGACGGGAAGGUGAAGCGGAAGAAGAAGGUGAAGGCUGGGGAGGUGGAGGAGAACGGGGAGCGGAAGAAGAAGCGGAAGGUGACGACGGAAACGUCGGCGGGACCGGCUGCUGCUGCGCCCCCAGUCUCUGCAACCUCUAUACAGGAAGAGCGAUCUGUUGCAGGACCCUCCGCCGUACCACCUUCCAAACCGCCGCCUGCGGGAGAACCGGAACCAGAGCCCGUAGACGAGGACUUCGACAUAUUCGCCGACGCAGGUGAAUACACUGGCGUCGACCUAAGCGACGACGACGAAGCCAGUGACGACGAAGGAGCUACUCGCCCCUCAGAACGAAAACCACAAGACGAGGAGGACGGCGAAGUGCACGACAGCGGACCGCUGCGACCCGGGAAGUGGCUCGCGACUUCCGACGACGAACGAGAACCCACGUCUCCUCCGUCGCCUGCACGCGAGGGCACGUCUACAGCCCGUUCGGAAUCUCCGCAGAGAAGACCUGAGGUCCCUCUCCAUCCACCAUCUGACGAGGAGGAUGGCGAGAUGGAGGAGGAACGGCCUAUACGGUUGCAGCCGCUCUCGUCAUCAGCGAUACCCUCGAUCAAGGAGCUGUUGGCAGCGAGCGAGGAGGCCGAAAAGGCCAAGAAGAGGAAAGCGAAGAAGGACAAAAAGAAGGCGGGAGGUGGCGAAGGGGUUAGUGGUGAGAAGGAUAUCAAGGCGAAGGUUGACAGAGAUUAUCAGAGGUUGAAAGCGUAUCAGGAAAAGAAGAAUGCUGCCUGAUUUGCUCGUGUGCAUGUUGAGUGCAUUGUUGGUCGCUAUAUAAGCUUGAGACUAUCCUGUAGGCGACAAUAGGCUCGAGGCAGCGCCACUCGUCUCUCCCCUUUGUGUUAUAUAUGUUGUCAGAUCGUGCUACCGGCCAUUG